CCAGGCUGCCUGGGAUCUGGGAGCGGGAUUAUGGUGGCCUGAGCAGCAAACGCAGCCGUAGGAGCCCGGAGCCCCUGACCCUUCCCCUGCUGCCGCCCCGCCGGGAGGACCAGGAAAGCAGCCUCCGACCUGCCAUGCCCGCCCCGCCCAGCCCCCCGGGGGGCCCGAGCCGGCCUCUCCCGGACCUCUGUUGAGGUUGGACCGCUGGCCAGAUGUAGCCAGGCUCCGGAUCCGUCUCCUCCCCUCCUGUCUCUCUGUGGAUCUCUCCUACCCGCUCCCCACAGCCUGGACCAAGGGCUGGCCGAGGGGCCUGCAGGCGCUGGAGCCCUGAUGCCUCACCGCUCACUCUCCUGAGAAGCCACCUCCAGCACCCAGAGUUGGGGUCAGGCCACAGGGACGGUCGCGGGCUGGCGUGAGCCCAGAGCGCCCCAAGGCCAGGGCCCACCAUGGCCCAAGCGCUGCCCUGGCUCCUGCUGUGGAUGGGCUCCGGGGUGCUGCCUGCCCACGGCUCCCAGCCUGGAAUCCGGCUGCCCCUGCGAAGCGGGCUGGGGGGCGCCCCCCUGGGGCUGCGGCUGCCCCGGGAGACUGACGAGGAGCCCAGCCGGAGGGGCAGCUUUGUGGAGAUGGUGGACAACCUGAGGGGCAAGUCCGGUCAGGGCUACUACGUGGAGAUGACCGUGGGUAGCCCCCCACAGACGCUCAACAUCCUGGUGGACACAGGCAGCAGUAACUUCGCAGUGGGGGCCGCCCCCCACCCUUUCCUGCACCGCUACUACCAGAGGCAGCUGUCCAGUACAUACCGGGACCUCCGGAAGGGCGUGUAUGUGCCCUACACCCAGGGCAAGUGGGAGGGGGAGCUGGGCACCGACCUGGUGAGCAUCCCCCAUGGCCCCAACGUCACCGUGCGUGCCAACAUCGCUGCCAUCACUGAAUCAGACAAGUUCUUCAUCAAUGGCUCCAACUGGGAGGGCAUCCUGGGGCUGGCCUACGCUGAGAUCGCCAGGCCUGACGACUCCCUGGAGCCAUUCUUUGACUCGUUGGUAAAGCAGACCCACGUGCCCAAUCUCUUCUCCCUGCAGCUCUGCGGUGCUGGCUUCCCCCUCAACCAGUCGGAAGUGCUGGCCUCAGUUGGAGGGAGCAUGAUCAUCGGGGGUAUCGACCACUCGCUGUACAUGGGCAGCCUCUGGUACACACCCAUCCGGCGGGAAUGGUAUUACGAGGUGAUCAUUGUGCGGGUAGAGAUCAAUGGACAGGAUCUGAAAAUGGACUGCAAGGAGUACAACUAUGACAAGAGCAUCGUUGACAGUGGCACCACCAACCUUCGUUUGCCCAAGAAAGUGUUUGAAGCUGCUGUCAAAUCCAUCAAGGCAGCCUCCUCGGUGACCUUCCCCCAGUUUGGACAUUUCAUGGAAAAGCAAGUAAAGGGCCCAACGGAGAAGUUCCCAGACGGUUUCUGGCUCGGGGAGCAGCUGGUGUGCUGGCAAGCAGGCACCACCCCGUGGAACAUUUUCCCGGUCAUCUCACUCUACCUAAUGGGUGAGGUCACCAAUCAGUCCUUCCGAAUCACCAUCCUUCCACAGCAAUACCUGCGGCCAGUGGAAGAUGUGGCCACGUCCCAAGACGACUGUUACAAGUUCGCCAUCUCACAGUCAUCCACGGGCACUGUCAUGGGAGCUGUUAUCAUGGAGGGCUUCUACGUUGUCUUUGAUCGGGCCCGGAAACGAAUUGGCUUUGCUGUCAGUGCGUGCCAUGUGCACGAUGAGUUCAGGACAGCAGCGGUAGAAGGUCCUUUUGUCACCCUGGACAUGGAAGACUGUGGCUACAACAUCCCACAGACAGAUGAAUCGACCCUCAUGACCAUAGCCUAUGUCAUGGCUGCCAUCUGCGCCCUCUUCAUGCUGCCCCUCUGCCUCAUGGUGUGUCAGUGGCGCUGCCUCCGCUGCCUGCGCCAUCAGCAUGAUGACUUUGCUGAUGACAUCUCCCUGCUGAAGUGAGGAGGCCCACGGGCAGAAGAGAGAGAUCCCCCUGGACCACAUCUGGUGGUUCGCUCUGGUCACAAGGAGGAGACACAGAUGGCACCUCUGGCCAGAGCACCUCAAGACCCUGACUCACCCACAAAUGUCUCUGCCUUGACAGAAAAGGAAAAGCUGGCAAGGUGGGUUGCAGGGACUGCACCUGUAGGAACCAGGAGAGGGAAGAAAGAAGUGCUCUGAUGGCGGGAAUACUCUUGGUCACCUCAAACUUGAGUUGGGAAAUUCUGCUGCUUGAAACUUCAGCCCUGAACCUUUGUCCACCAUCCCUUUAGAUUCUCCAACCCAAAGUAUUCUUCUUUUCUUAGUUCCAGAAGUAAGGUGACCCCAGUGUGUGUCUCUGCAGUAUCCUAGCAGAGAAAGGGCCAAUCUUGUUUCCCUGCUGGCCAUAGUCAGCGGGAAUGGACGCACCAUUUGCUGUUUGCUUUAGAGAUAGGGACUGUAUAGACAAGCCUAUAACAUUGGUGCAAAGACUGCCUCUUGAAUUAAAAAAUAAUUUACAAAUAAUUUGUACAAA